UACGUCAUAAUAGCGUCGCGGCAGCACGCAGGCUCGCCAUUUUCGCAGCUCUUUGUGCGCCACUGCCAGCUACGAGUUUGCGUGUUUUUAUCGAGGAAACUCUCGAUUCGUGUUUUGAUUCUUUUCCAAAAGAUGCAAGGAAACAGAGGCCCCCAGCAGAACCACGGCCCCAGCCGUCCCGGGGAGCAGAAAAAACCCGGAGGAUCAAACACUAACGGCCAGCAGCCCGAGCCGACCGAGCAGACCAACCCCAAUGAGGCCUUAACCCUGGAUCUGCAGAGCUUCAGGAAACCGGGAGAGAAAACCUUCACCCAGCGUAGCAGGCUGUUUGUGGGAAACCUACCGACCGGAGUUACAGAGGAGGAUCUGGAGAAGCUGUUCGCUAAGUAUGGCAAGGCCAGUGAAAUCUUUAUCAACAAAGAGAGAGGCUUCGGGUUCAUCCGGCUGGAGACCAGAAUCAUCGCUGAAAUCGCCAGAGCAGAGCUGGAUGAUGCUCCAUUCAGAGGCAGGCCCAUACGAGUGAGGUUUGCGACACACGGUGCAGCUUUAACAGUGAAAAACCUGCCUGAGUUUGCGUCCAAUGAGCUGCUGGAGGAGGCCUUCGCUGUGUUUGGUCAGAUAGAAAGAGCUGUGGUGAUAGUGGAUGACCGAGGCAGGCCCACAGGGAAGGGAAUAGUGGAGUUCACCUCAAAGCCAGCUGCAAGAAAAGCCCUGGAUAAGUGCAGUGAUGGUGCUUAUCUUCUCACAGCCUUCCCUCGACCUAUUACAGUGGAGCCCAUGGAGCAGUAUGAUGAAGAGGAGGGUCUGUCAGAAAAGCUCAUCAACAAAAACCAGCAGUUCCACAAAGAGCGUGAACAGCCACCUCGAUUUGCUCAGCCAGGCUCCUUCGAGUACGAGUACGCCAUGCGUUGGAAGGCCCUGAUGGAGAUGGAGAAGCAGCAGUACGAAAUGGUGGACCGCAACAUGAAGGAGGCGCAGGAGAAGCUGGAGGCCGAGAUGGAGGCAGCCAGGCACGAGCACCAGGUGAUGCUGAUGAGGCAGGACCUGCUGAGGAGGCAGGAAGAGCUGCGGAGGAUGGAGGAGCUCCACAGUCAGGAGGUACAGAAGAGGAAACAGGCCGAGCUCCGGCAGGAAGAGGAACGUCGAAGGAGGGAGGAGGAGAUGAUGAAGAGGCAGCAGGAAGGCUUCAGGGGCAACUUCUCUGAAAACAGGGAGCAAGAAAUGAGGAUGCAUAUGGGCAACCAUGGCAUGUCCAUGAACAGAAACUCUUUGGGUGGAAAUUCUGGCUCUGCUGGUACUUCUGGCUUGGCUGCAGAGAACACCCCCUUGAUGUCUGCCCAAGGAAACAACAACAUGCCUGGAGGACAGGGGGGCUUCCCCAGAGGCCUCCCUGGCUCCGGAGACUAUGGACCUCCUAACAAGCAGCGCAGAUUUUAAGCCAUGUGUCUAACCUCCCCUUUUCAUAUUCACUGUAUUUUGAAGUUCAUGUAGUGAGCGUUACUUAAUGAACUUUAAAAAACUGUUGCAUGUGUUCUUUUUUUAUUAUUUUUAUUUGUACUUUCAAGUUCUGUUUUAGAACAAAGAUUAUAACUUUCCAAACGAGCCAUUUGUUUUACUUUAUUACUCACCUUAAUGUAAUUUUCAUAGGGAUAGGAAAUGUUUUUGUCCUGGACAUGUUGACUUUUCUGGAAUAAAUUUGUGAUUCCCUAAAA